AUGAUCGAUAAACAUAGUAUACUAAAAGAUGGGAUAGAAUUGAGCAAUCCGAAGCACUUGUCGCAGCUAGUAACUAAACUGUUUAGUUUAACACUGCAGCACGCAGACGUAAAUAUGUUGCUUAAGGAUACGACGCAAAGAUUUGACUUAGUUAUAGCCGAAUGGCUGUUUAAUGAAGUAUACACUGGGCUAGCAGCAUUGUACGAUUGCCCAUUCAUUUGGUUCUCUUCAACAAAACCCCACCCACUGCUUCUGCAGCUAAUUGAUAAAACUGCAAACUCAAUGCUUGUUAAGGGUAAAAGUGACUUACCCCAUUUAAUGAAAGACAAGUAUGUAUACAAUUUGGAAAAGGAGGCUUUUAUAAACAUAUUUGAGCCGUUGAUGGCGUUAAGGAAAAAAUCUUUGCGAUCCUAUGAUGAGUCAAGAUAUAUUGCUUCCCUCGCUUUGGUUAAUUCACACGCAUCACUCGAUCUGGAUACAAAUUGGCCUCAGAACCUCAAACUUAUAGCCGGAUUUCACAUUGACCAGGACACGGAACCAUUGCCGAAGGAUAUCAAAAGCAUAAUGGAUAAUGCAAGACAUGGAGUUAUAUACUUCAGCAUGGGAUCGUAUAUGGAAAGUAAUGAUAUACCAGAAGUAUCAAGUCAGAAACUUAUAGAUAUGUUUAGUCAAUUAAAACAAAUAGUUAUUUGGAAAUUAGAACUAAGUUAUUAUAAGUUACCAAGGAACAUUCAUAUAUUAAAAUGGGCCCCCCAACAAAGUAUUUUAGCGCAUCCAAAUUGUAUCCUUUUCAUUACACACGGAGGUCUACUUUCAUUGACUGAAUCGGUACACUUCGGUGUUCCGGUAAUCGGGAUACCUGUAUUUGGAGACCAGUUCAUUAAUGUUGCGAGAGCUGUUGAAAAAGGUUUUGCGAAGAAAGUUAAUCUAUAUUCUUCGAUAGCAAAAGAAAUUAAUGAGGCCAUUAAGGAAAUGCUAAGCAACCCAAGUUAUCGCAAGAGAGUGCAAGAGCUGUCUGCAAUUUAUAACGAUCGUCUCAUGCUACCAAGUGUAGAGCUAGUACACUGGAAAAUGAAAUUCCCGUUAGGAAUAUGUCUAGUAAUUUUAACAGUUGCGGUGACAUUUAGUGAAGCGUACAAAAUUUUGGUGGUAUCACCUUUCCCAGGUAGAAGCCACACUAUUAUUAGUGAUGCUUAUGUCAAUUUAUUGCUUGAUGCUGGCCAUGAGGUAACAUAUAUCAAUGCUUACCCAAGUAAUAACUCUAAUCCAUUGCUUCAUGUAAUUGAUGUCAGUGAAACUAAGAAGUAUUAUAAUUCUGACUUGGUAGUAAUAAAAAGUAUAUUAAACGAUGAAGUUGAUGUCAAGGAUCCGAGUUAUUUUCUUGAAGCCAUUUUGAAUGUUAGUAAGGCAACGUUAGAGAAUCGAGAUGUAGCAAAAAUAAUAUCCAACAAAAACUUAAAAUUUGACUUGGUAAUUGCUGAAUGGAUGAUCAGCGAAGUAUACGCUGGAUUUUCGGCAUUAUAUGAUUGCCCAUUUGUUUGGUUUACACCAGUGGAACCACAUUGGAUGAUAUUUUAUUUAACUGAUGAAGUUUCAAACCCUGCUUACACAAGUACCCCGAUGUCAACUAAUAUUAUCCCAUUUACAUUUAAACAACGUGUGCAAGAAUUGAUAUUGCAAACAUUUUUUUAUUUCAUAAAGGAAUGGAACGUUUACUAUGCGGACAAAGAGAUUUACACGAAAACCUUCGCACCAGCAAUAGCACAAAGGGGAAAAGCGCUACCAUCUUACGACGAAAUCAGAUUUAACGCUUCUAUGAUCUUAGGAUAUUCUCACGUAUCAUUGGGUGAAGCCAAUAGAUUGCCGCAAAGUUAUAAAACAGUUUCUGGUUUACAUAUUGACCAAAACUUGAAGCCAUUGCCAAAGGAAUUAAAAAAUAUUAUGGACAAAUCCAAAAGUGGCGUUAUUUACUUUAGUAUGGGCUCAAAUGUGAGGAGUCAAGAUAUGCCUGAUCAAAUGAAGAAAAAGUUCAUUAAAAUAUUUAGCCAGCUUGAGCAAACCGUCUUGUGGAAAUCAGAAGAAGAAUUCCCUGAUUUACCAAAAAAUGUUCAUAUACUCAAAUGGGCACCACAGCAAAGUAUUCUUGCUCACCCAAACUGCAUCAUGUUUAUAACUCAUGGCGGUCUCUUGUCAAUAACUGAAGCCGUACAUUUUGGAGUUCCUAUUAUUGGAAUACCAGUGUUCGCAGAUCAGUUUGCUAAUGUAAAAAGAGCAGUUAAGAAAGGAUUUGCCAAACAAGUGGACUUGUCAAAAUCUAUGGCAGAAGACAUAGAUGAUGCUAUUCAGGAAUUGCUACGUAAUUUGAGUUAUCGCAACAAAGCGAAAGAGCUCUCGUUCAUCUAUCAUCAUCGUCCCAUAUCACCGGGCGCAGAAUUUGUUCAUUGGGUGGAACAUGUAGUGCGUACAAAAGGUGCUGCACAUUUACGUUCGCCUGCGUUUACUGUAACUUGGUACCAAAAGAUGUACUUGGAUCUGAUAGCUUUAUUAGCAAUAACAUUAGUUCUGAUCCUAACAUGCAUAAAAUUAACUUUAUGUGCGAGAAGCAAUAAGUCUCAUAAAAAGAAAAUGAACUAA